AUGUCAGCUGUACCCCGCUGUGUCGGCUGUACCCUCGCUGUGUCAGCUGUACCCUCGCUGUGUCAGCUGUACCCCGCUGUGUCGGCUGUACCCCCGCUGUGUCAGCUGUACCUUCGCUGUGUCAGCUGUACCCCGCUGUGUCAACUGUACCCCGCUGAGUCAGCUAUACCUCCGUUGUGUCAGCUGCGCCCCGUUGUGUCAGCUGCGCCCCGUUGUGUCAGCUGCGCCCCGUUGUGUCAGCUGCGCCCCGUUGUGUCAGCUGCGCCCCGUUGUGUCAGCUGCGCCCCGCUUUGUCAGCUGUACCCCCACUUUGUCAGCUGUACCCCCGCUGUGUCAGCUGUACCCCCGCUUUGUCAGCUGUACCCCGCUUUGUCAGAUGUACCCCCGCUUUGUCAGCUGUACCCCGGCUGUGUCAGCCGUACCCCGGCUGUGUCAGCUGUACCCCGGCUGUGUCAGCCGUACCCCGGCUGUGUCAGCUGUACUACAGCUGUGUCAGCUGUACUACAUCUGUGUCAGCUGUACUCCUGCUGUGUCAGCUGUACUCCCGCUGUGUCAGCUGUACCCCGGCUGUUUCAGCUGUAUCCCCACUGUCAGCCGUACCCCCGCUGUGUCAGCCGUACCCCCGCUGUGUCAGCUAUACCCUCGCUGUGUCAGCUGUACCCCCGCUGUGUCAGCCGUACCCCCGCUGUGUCAGCCGUACCCCCGCUGUGUCAGCCGUACCCCCGCUGUGUCAGCCGUACCCCCGCUGUGCCAGCUGUACCCCGCUGUGUCAGCUGUACCCCCGCUGUGUCAGCUGUACCCCGGAUGUGUCAGCCGUACCCCGGCUGUGUCAGCUAUACCCUCGCUGUGUCAGCCGUACCCCCGCUGUGUCAGCUAUACCCUCGCUGUGUCAGCUGUACCCCCGCUGUGUCAGCUGUACCCCCGCUGUGUCAGCUGUACCCCGCUGUGCCAGCUGUACCCCGCUGUGUCACCUGUACCCCCCGCUGUGCCAGCCGUACCCCGGCUGUGUCAGCCGUACCCCCGCUGUCAGCCGUACCCCCGCUGUGUCAGCCGUACCCCCGCUGUGUCAGCCGUACCCCCGCUGUGUCAGCCGUACCCCGGCGCUGUGUCAGCCGUACCCCGGUGCUGUGUCAGCUGUACCCUAGCUGUGUCAGCUGUACCCCCGCUGUGUCAGCUGUACCCCCGCUGUGUCAGCUGUACCCCCGCUGUGUCAGCUGUACCCCCGCUGUCUGUACCCCCGCUUUGCCAGCUGUACCCCGGCUGUGUCAGUCGUACCCCGGCUGUGUCAGUCGUACCCCGGCUGUGUCAGUCGUACCCCGGCUGUGUCAGCUGUACCCCGGCUGUGUCAGCCGUACCCCCGCUGUGUCAGUACCCCGCUGUGUCAGCCGUACCCCGGCUGUGUCAGCCGUACCCCCGCUGUGUCAGCCGUACCCCGGCUGUGUCAGUACCCCCGCUGUGUCAGCCCCCGGCUGUGUCAGCCGUACCCCCGCUGUGUCAGCCGUACCCCCGCUGUGUCAGCCGUACCCCCCGCUGUGUCAGCCGUACCCCCCGCUGUGUCAGCUGUACUACCACUGUGUCAGCUGUACCCCCGCUGUGUCAGCUGUACUACCACUGUGUCAGCUGUACUACCACUGUGUCAGCUGUACUCCCGCUGUGUCAGCUGUACCCCCGUUGUGUCAGCCGUACCCCGGCUGUGUCAGCCGUACCCCCGCUGUGUCAGCCGUACCCCCGCUGUGUCAGCUAUACCCCGGAUGUGUCAGCUAUACCCCCGCUGUGUCAGCCGUACCCCCGCUGUGUCAGCCGUACCCCCCGCUGUGUCAGCCGUACCCCCCGCUGUGUCAGCUGUACCCCCGCUGUGUAGCUGUACCCCGCUGUGUCAGCUGUACCCCCGCUGUGUCAGCUGUACCCCGGCUGUGUCAGCCGUACCCCCGCUGUGUCAGCCGUACUGUGUCGGCUGUGUCAGCUGUAGCCCCCGGCUGUGUCAGCCGUACCCCGGCUGUGUCAGCCGUACCCCGGCUGUGUCAGCCGUACCCCGGCUGUGUCAGCCGUACCCCGGCUGUGUCAGCCGUACCCCGGCUGUGUCAGCCGUACCCCGGCUGUGUCAGCCGUACCCCCGCUGUGUCGGCUGUACCCCGCUGUUUCAGCUAUACCCCGGCUGUGUCAGCUGUACCCCCGCUGUGUCAGCUGUACCCCCGCUGUGUCAGCCGCACCCCCGCUGUGUCAGCCAUACCCCGGCUGUGUCAGCCAUACCCCGGCUGUGUCAGCCGUACCCCAGCUGUGUCAGCCGUACCCCGGCUGAGUCGGCCGUACCCCUGCUGUGUCAGCCGUAACCCGGCUGUGUCAGCUAUACCCCGGCUGUGCCAACUAUACCCCGGCUGUGUCAGCUGUACCCCCGGCUGUGUCAACCGUACCCCCGCUGUGUCAGCCGUACCCCCGCUGUGUCAGCCGUACCCCCGGCUGUGUCAGGCGUACCCCGGCUGUGUCAGCCGUACCCCCGCUGUGUCAGCCGUACCCCCGCUGUGUCAGCCGUACCCCGGCUGUGUCAGCCGCACCUCCGCUGUGUCAGUCGUACCCCCGCUGUAUCAGCCGUACCCCGGCUGUGUCAGCCGUACCCCGGCUUUGUUAGCCGUACCCCCGCUGUAUCAGCCGUACCCCGGCUGUCAGCCGUACCCCCGCUGUGUCAGCCGGACCCCCGCUGUGUCAGCCGUACCCCCGCUGUGUCAGUACCCCCGCGUACCCCCGCUGUGUCAGCCGUACCCCGGCUGUGUCAGCCGUACCCCGCUGUGUCGUACCCCGCUGUUCGUACCCCGGCUGUGUCAGCCGCACCCCCGCUGUGUCAAUCGUACCCCCGCUGUAUCAGCUGUACCCCGGCUGUGUCAGCCGUACCCUGGCUUUGUUAGCCGUACCCCGGCUGUGUCAGCCGUACCCCCGCUGUGUCAGAAGUACACAGGCUGUGUCAGAAGUACACAGGCUGUGUCAGCCGUACACAGGCUGUGUCAGCCGUACACAGGCUGUGUCAGCCGUACACAGGCUGUGUCAGCCGCACCCCCGCUGUGUCAGUCGUACCCCCGCUGUGUCAGUCGUACCCCCGCUGUGUCAGCCGUACCCCCGCUGUGUCAGCCGUACCCCGGCUGUGUCAGCCGUACCCCGGCUGUGUCAGCCGUACCCCGGCUGUGUCAGCCGUACCCCGGCUGUGUCAGCCGUACCCCGGCUGUGUCAGCCGUACCCCGGCUGUGUCAGCCGUACCCCGGGUGUGUCAGCCGUACCCCGGCUUUGUUAGCCGUACCCCCGGCUGUGUCAGCCGUACCCCCGCUGUAUCAGCCGUACCCCCGCUGUGUCAGCCGUACCCCGGCUGUGUCAGCCGUACCCCGGCUGUGUCAGCCGUACCCCCGCUGUGUCAGCCGUACCCCGGCUGUGUCAGCCGUACCCCGGCUGUAUCAGCCGUACCCCCGCUGUGUCAGCCGUACCCCCGCUGUAUCAGCCGUACCCCCGCUGUGUCAGCCGUACCCCGGCUUUGUUAGCCGUACCUCCGCUGUAUCAGCCGUACACAGGCUGUGUCAGCCGUACCCCCGCUGUGUCAGCCGUACCCUAGAUCAUAUUGUCUCAAUUGAUGUGCUCAAGAGAACAGCAUUCAUAUGUUGA